GCUCAGUCGUUUGUCUGUUUCGAAUCGCCGAGGCGCUCACCAUGGAUUGGACAGCCCGCUUUCACGAGCAGAGUCGGGACUUUCCAACCUCUGACGACGAUGCCUCCGACAAUGCUGCUGAUACCCACGGACAGAGCGAGAGUCACCAGGGCGGAUCAGCAAGUGCUCGUUCCGGCACGCAAACGCAUGCGGCGGCGGUGGUUCGGUCACCGUACUUUGGUCACCACAAGCACGGGACUGCUGGUUCAAGCUCGAGUGCAGAUCGUGCAAUGACGAUGGAAGACGAGCAUGCAGCCGAGCCAAUGGACGAGGGGGACGCCGCGGAACUCGGAUUGCACCAACAGGACGAGGACGAGGACGAGGAGGAGCUUUGGGAGCAGGUCGGACCGGCUCAAGAGGCGGACGACCACCCGCAUUCAGAGCAAGCGGAACAAGAUGCAGAAGAAGCAGAAGAUGCAGACGAAGCCGAAGACGCAGGGGACGAAGGCACACUUCCAAGCGAUAGAAUUACCAGCAACAUCGAACUGUCCUUGUUUGUGGAGAACCCGGCGAAUGCAAAGAGACGCCUCACGGAGAGGGAACAGCUGCAAAAACAGCUCGCACAACAAGAAAGAGCAACUGCCAAGAUAUUGCACCGAGUGCACCUUGCGUGCCUGCUUGCCAACGCGUUUUGGCGCAACCUGCUCAGCAACGACGAGACAAUCAGGGCUGCAGUGUUGUCCGUCGUUCCGGCGUCGUUGCUGGCACAACGGCGGGAUACCGACUUUUUAAAAGACGCUGCUCUGUGGUAUCGUGGAGCAUUUCGGGUGGUGCAGCGGCAGCCACCGCCACAUCGCGCCCAGUUGCCUCUACCUGCCCCAGCAACCAUGGACGAAACACGCUUGAUUCUGCAAAAGACCCUCUUGCAAACGAUUGCACAACGACAAGGCUUGCGCGGUGCACUCAGCAUUGUCUUUACCGCUCUGCUUCGAGCACUCGAUCUGGACGCGCGGCUCGUUGUCUCGUUGCAGCCCAUGUCUUGGAAGCUCCCUGUCGCGACUGUCCGAGAUCGUGUGCUUGCCACUCUGGAGGAGCUGGACUCGAUUCGGACUGCUGGAGAAACGCGCCCAAAUGCCAAGUCGACGGCGACGGCUCGCUCAUCGGAAGCGGAAGCACCGCUCGUACACACUCUCACUCCAUCUUUCUCCUCUCUCGCUGAAACCCACCCACCGUUACUGCAUUCAACAACAACCGCGUCAAUGGAGAAGGCCAAUGCAACUGUUGUUGACAGCGACGACGACAUUCAGAUCAUCGCCUCCGUCCCGGCUCCAGCUCGUGUCAAAACCGUGUCGGUAGCAACGAAUUCCCUUCUUGCCGGACAAAUUACUCCUCCCACUUCCUUUUCCGCGUCAGAGUCCUCUGUCAAAAGCAGCGGAGGGUUUAUCCUGGCUCCUCCGCUCGAAUCGGAACGCUCUGUCGUUGUCGACCAAGGUCGCACGGACUCUUGGUCUGAGGUCUUUCUGCCAGACCUCGAUUGCUGGGUCCCGAUUGACACGGGCCCGUCCGGCUUUAACAAUCCGCUGGAGUUUGAGCGGCACGCGACCGCUCCACUCCAGUAUGUUCUCGCGUUCGAGGAGAAUGGUCGUGCCAAAGACGUGACCGCGCGCUAUGCCUCACAGUGGCUGCGAAAGACGGGCCCGUCGCGCCAGCGACUGGAUGCGGGUACCUGGUUUGCCGACUUGCUUCGCAGCCCGUUACUAAACCGUUCCGUGGAUGCUAUGCGCGAUCAACGCGAGGAUGCGCAAUUAUCAACGAGCGAUCACGCCAAGUCGCUGCCAACCACGCUGCAGGAUUACAAAAACCACCCUUUGUACGCUCUUGAGCGCCAUUUACUCAAGUACCAGGCCAUUCACCCUCUGGGCAAGCAGCAUGCAGUCGGCCUUUACCAGGGCCAGAAUGUCUAUCCACGAUCGCACGUCCAUACUCUGCGCACCCGUGAAGCUUGGCUCAAAGACGCCCGCGUCGUCCGCGACUCUGAGCAUCCCGUGAAGGUCGUCAAAGCCAAAGCAAACCCCAAUAGUAGUCGGGCUGGUAGCAGCAGCAGCAGCAGCAGCAGCUCCACAUUGCUUUCGGGCAAGCGAGCUCGAGACAGUGACGACGAGAAUGACACACCGUCGGCCGGCGCGGCUGAUGCAGACGAGCGUGCAGCGGUGCCACUCUUUGGAGAGUGGCAGACGGUGCCCUACGACCCGCCAGUCGCCGUCGGCGGGCGUGUGCCUUGCAAUUCGUUCGGAAACGUUGAUCUGUACCAACCAUCCAUGAUCCCACGAGGAUGCGUCCAUCUCGAACUCCCCAACGCCCCACGAUUGGCGCGCCAGCUCGGGAUCGAUUUCGCACCAGCUGUGGUCGGAUUUAACUUUCACGGUGGCAAGGCCACACCUGAUUUGCGUGGCAUUGUCGUUUGCACCGAGUUUGCGCGCACGCUCGUCGAUGCAUGUGUCGCGGACGAAGACCGCCGCGCGCAGGAUGAACUGACCAAGCGCCGCGCAAGCGUGUAUGGCAUGUGGCUUCGACUGACACGAGGUCUGCUUGUGCGGGCGACAUUGCACGAAAAGUUUCUGCCAGAAGACCCAGCUGCAGCGUCAAGUUCCAAGCAAAAGCCAGCCGACAUUCUGCGCGUCGCCAUACCGGAUUCCGUCCCGCUUCUCGAGCGCGUCGCGAAGGCCUUGCAACAGCUUCAGGUGAGACAGGUCAAGGAGGCGCACGAGGCAAAGCUGGCGACGACUCCCGCUGCCUUCUCUAAAAAGAUUGCGCCCUACAAGAAAUCUCGGAGCGAGCAGGCUGCUGGCUCGACCGACGAGGACUUUGAGCAGGCGUCCGCGCCACUCCGUAUUUCACAGCGGCGCAAAGCUGUUUCGAGCAGCGAAUCGGAAUCCGAUAGCGAGGAUUCCUUCCAACGGCAGUCUGCUCGACGCUCAAAGCACUCCCGGCGAUAAAGAUUUUCUGCAAGAGAUGCUACAGCAAAAGUCAAGUUCAUAAAUAUCCAUUGAAUGCACUUUUGAGUUCAAACCAAUACACAAUAAAUCGAGACUCA